AUGCAUAUCCCUAUGGUCUCCCCUAAGAUUCCUAAAGGAAAAUGGAUCAAAUGGGCUCCUCCUCCUUUUGGUAUUUUGAAGUUGAACACAGAUGGUUCUUUAAGGAAUGGCAUGGCAGCAGGUGGUGGCAUUAUUAGGGACUAUAAGGGCUCUGCUUUGGUUGCUUUUUCUACCUUUUAUGGCCCAGGUACCAACACAUUUGCAGAAGCCAGAGCUCCCCUUUUUUGGUCUGAUGCUUUGUUACAGAUUAGGCUACUCCAAAGUAGCAGUGGAGAGUGCGAAAAAAUCAUUUUUGAUAGCAUCUGUGGAGGUGCAGUCCCUUAUAUGAUCAGAUCUUUAAAAAAUUUCUUACUUCCUUCCAUGUCCAUCUCUCAUAUCUACAGGGAAGGGAAUCAAAGUGAAGACACUUUAGCUACCCAUGGCCACUUCCAUCAGGAACAUUUUGAAUUUCUUUCUUUUCUAAUGGCUCUCUUCCUACUGCCUCUCUUGCCUAAAGAGGUUAGCUGUGCUUCCUUAAAUAUCGGGUUGCCAAGGGUUGUUUCCGGAGGAAAUGGGAUUAGAACCCAUGAUUUAGCAGUUGGUUGA